CCCAGGGUAACAGAAGGAAGCAGCGGCUAUUGUCCACUCGAUCGUUUUGCUCUGCAGCGCUCUUCCUGCGGCUCCCUAGAGAUUUAUCUCGUUUGAUCGUUCGUCUGGAAGCAUGGGGAGGAAGUUUUUCGUCGGUGGCAACUGGAAAUGCAACGGCACUACCGAGGAGGUGAAGAAGAUCGUGAACACACUUAAUGAGGCUCAGGUGCCAUCGCAGGAUGUUGUGGAGGUUGUGGUUAGCCCUCCAUUUGUGUUUCUUCCUGCGGUGAAGAGCAUAUUGAGGCCCGACUUUCAAGUUGCGGCUCAGAAUUGUUGGGUUAAGAAAGGAGGUGCUUUCACCGGUGAAGUGAGUGCUGAGAUGCUUAAGAACUUGGAUAUUCCAUGGGUUAUCCUUGGUCACUCUGAAAGAAGAGCACUCCUAAACGAAUCCAACGAGUUUGUUGGAGACAAGGUUGCUUACGCACUUUCUCAAGGUUUGAAAGUGAUAGCUUGUGUUGGGGAGACUCUUGAGCAGCGCGAGUCUGGAUCUACAAUGGAUGUUGUGGCUGCACAGACUAAAGCAAUUGCUGAUCGUGUGUCGAACUGGUCCGAUGUUGUCAUAGCCUAUGAACCUGUCUGGGCCAUUGGAACUGGGAAGGUCGCCACCCCAGCUCAAGCUCAAGACGUACACGAUGAACUGAGGAAGUGGCUUGCAAAGAACGUUAGUGCUGAAGUUGCAGCUACCAUCCGAAUCAUAUACGGGGGAUCCGUGAACGGGGCUAACUGCAAAGAGCUGGCUGGCCAGCCCGAUGUCGAUGGUUUCCUGGUCGGUGGAGCCUCUCUAAAGCCUGAGUUCGUGGACAUUAUCAAGUCUUCGGAGGUGAAGAAAAGCGUUUAACAGAGAAGCUCAAAUAUGUCAGUGAGCAGAAGCUCUGGGAGAAACGAAUAAACGAAGCGUAUGAACAUGAAUGAACCUGCUGCACUGGUCGGAAGGCUAAUGCGUUUUAUGAGUUCUUUGCUUCCCAUUUGAGGUACUACUGUAUUUAUAAUCUCGGCUGGCUCGCGUUAUGUGCCAUUUGCAAAACAACCUGUUCUGUCCAAUCUGUUUCGCUUCAGAAUAGAUAUUGGUUUAUCAUUAAAGAA